UAGUUGUCACUGGAUGCUAUGCUAGUUGUCACUAGAUGCUCUGUCCCUUGUUACUAAAUGCUUUGUUAAUUGUCACUGGAUGUUCUGUCCCUUGUUAGUGGAUGGGGCGUUUUUUGUCAGUAGAUGCUCUGUCCUUUGUCACUGGAUGCUAUGUGCCUUGUUACUGGAUUCUUUAUGCCUUGUUACUGGAUGCUAUGUGCCUUGUUACUGGAUGCUCUUUGCCUUGUUACUGGAUGCUGUGUUGUUACUGAUGCCUUUUAAUUAUGUCUGUGUGUGUGUUUUUUUCCAAAUGAACUGUUUCCAUUCGAUGCUACGUGCUGUUAAGCCAGAAUUGUUUGCCAAUGAGGACCAAAUUGACAAGGAAGUGAAAUGGGCUAAAGUCUAUGUGCAGAAUGAUACUGAUUUAUGUGGAGUUCAUGUUAUCUCUUGGCUACAAGAGUGGGAUGGCACUGUUCGAGAUAAUGCAGGAUAUACAAUGCCACGAUACUCCAAUGAUGAACUACAAGAGUUGAACGUUGGCUAUUUGUGGUGGUUGGUUACCUAUCCAAAUAAUGAACAUGGGGGUCAAGUGAUGUCAAUGCUAUCGGACUACAACAAGACCAAGAAGAGGAGAUAGAGUAGUCUAUUAAUUUUUUGUUCUCUUAGCCCAUGAUGU